AUCCUCGAUCAUCACGACACCAUCAUGCCAUUUGUAAGACGAAUCAAUGCCACCGAUCGAAAGGUCUACGCCACCCGAACGCUGCUCUUCCUCAACAAUGACAGCACCCUGAAACCCCUCGCUAUUGAGCUUAGCCUCCCCCAUCCAGGUGGCGAUACUUUUGGCGCCAUAAGCACUGUAUACACGCCCAUGACUUCCGGUGUUGAAGGCUCAAUUUGGUCGCUUGCCAAAGCCUAUGUCAUCAUCAAUGACUCCUGCGUUCAUCAGCUUAUUAGCCACUGGCUGCGCACUCACGCAGUGAUGGAACCCUUCGUGAUCGCCACAAACCGCCACCUGAGCGCGAUGCACCCCAUCAAUAAGCUCCUUUUGCCACACUACCGCGACACCAUGAACAUAAACGCUCUCGCUCGACAAAGCCUCAUCAAUGCCGGCGGCCUACUCGAGUUCAUCAUUUUUCCUUCCAAGUACACUAUGGAAAUGUCCUCCUCUGUUUACAAAAGCUGGAAUUUUGUCGAGCAGGGCCUUCCAUCCGAUCUCCUCAAGCGAGGAAUGGCGGGGGAUUCUGAUUGA